UCUGUUGCGGCGUUGUGAUUUGUUUGGCAGUGGCAGUGGCAUUGUCGCGAGUCUCCGGGUGGAACUGAGUGAAUGGUGUUCGGAUAGGUGUUGGUAUGGUAAUCAUGGAUUACAGGGAUUUGCUCACGGAAGUGAGCUCAUUCCUGAGAGUGACGUUGGCGCAGGAGAAGUUGUCAGAACAUGCUGAGAUGUGUCGUCAACAGCUGAUAACUCGACUGAUGAUACGAGAAGGCUCUCCUCCACAAGCUUACAUUGACAUGAACGGAAAAACCUCCUGCCAGAAACUCCAAACCCAGAUUAGUGAUUGCUACGAAGAAUUUGACAAUUCUUUUGAUAGUUACAAAAGUCAACCACAAGUCAACAAAAGUUAUGUAAACAACCUUUACAACAUUCUCUCUAAAACCAAUGAAGAAAACACCUACGCAAAUGAUGAAGAUUCUAGGAACUGCCUCACUAAAAACCAAAGCCAAGAAGACAAUAUGUAUAUAAAUCCUUCUUCGCCGUUAGCAAACACUCCGGUGCAGAAACCGUCGUUACCUAGUAGACCAACGUCAAAUUCAAAUUCCGAACGAAACUCGUUGAUAAGUUUGAAAAAAGAUUCUGACACGUCGAGUUUUACAUCCAGUUCUACCCGAGGUGAAGAAUCAGCGGAGGUAGUCUCGUUGUCUGCUUCUGCUUUACGUUACGCUGCGUCCAAGUGUGGGGUUUUGGGCCGCAGAGAAAAGUUCCUCUUUGUAGACCAUACAAAGCAAUACUGGGCAGCAGUAGUGCAGCAGUCGAUGUUCAUGUACUCUACGGACAAAGACAACAAGCCGAUAGCAGUGGUCGACAUUACCGGUUACCAGGCUCGUCCUGUCGCUACCAACAACAAGAUUGACUUCAAGUUUGAACUAGUGGCUCCUGGAAAGAAAACUUACCAGUUUGUUGCGGAUAAACAAUCAGACAUGGAUAAGUGGAUUGAGGCUAUCAAUGUGGCGUCUAAGCUAGAAGAGACACGACAACUUCCAUCACCUCCGCCUGCCGUGACAGCUCUGGAAACUUACGACCAGCCUGACAGCGUGAUCAGACCAGUCUCUACGGAAGCAGAGUACGAACUGCCAGAAACAGUGUUACGAAGCCACAACACCCUCGUCACAUGGCGAACAGUUCACCGAAACUCAGAACCUCGCCUGUUGCCUUCACUUCCCCAAGAAACUUAUGACUCUCCAGACCCAAAGUCCAGGCGAGUAUCGGAGGUCAGAGGCAGGUGUGUGUCUGAAACGUACGAGAGUGUUCAAGAGGAACUAUACCAUUGUAUAGAAGACCAACAAGAACCACAGAAACCAAAGCAAGCGUUGCGGCGACUACCUUCUUUGCCUCUGGAGGCAACGACCCAGCCAACUCCUUUAGAAGAGAUGUAUGAAAUGCCAGAGUCUACGCUAAGACCAGAGGAGAUGUACGAUAUGCCAGACUCAAAAAUAAGACCAGAGGAAACAUAUGACAUGCCCGAGUCAAAAAUAAGGCCAGUUAUACAGGACGAGUUGUACUCAGUGAUUGAUGCUCAGCCAGUUUGUCAGGAGGCUGUGUACAAAAACUUAAAGGACAACUUUUGUGAUCGAGAAGAAGACAACAACUACUACAAUCUAGUGACGUCUUAUCCGGAGAAAGAGGUUGAUCAAGAAUGUAUCUACAACGUCAUUGCUGAGCAGAUACCAAUGCUCAACAACAAGACUUCUGAGGAUCAACUGAUGCUGGAUGAUAACAAGACUUCCGAGCAACGACAAAUGUUUGAUAGCAAGACUUUUAAACAACGACCAAUGCUAAACAAAGAGGAUCAACACGUGCUCGAUAAAAAUACUUCUGAGCAAAGACCAAAGUUUAUUACUGAACAACGACCAAUGCUCAACAACAAGAUUACAGAACAACAAAAUACCACUGAGCAGCAACAGAAACUAACCUCAUCAGACGAGCUAAAGAAGCCACCAAUCAGUGUAAAACCAAUCCUGGCAAAUUCACAGACGGAUACAGUAAAACUAAAAAAGGGAGACAAGAAACUCGCUCCUUUUGUGAGUAGCAUGGCAACAAUAUUCAACAAACCCAACAAGCCCCUACUUAGAGAAGUUAAACCUCCUGUAAUAAAUAAAACUUGCCAGUAGAGUUUGGAUAAGUACCAUAUUGUGAAGUGGAUAGAUCCUUUCUUUUCACAAUGGCAUCCGUAAUGCUGCUGUUUAUGAACAGUAGUCAGGAGGUAUUGAAAAUCCAAACACAUUUAUACUCGUCAAGAAAUAGAUUGAAAAAUAACCAAAUAUUCUAACGCAAACAUAUUCCUAUACACUUCAUAAAAAAUUAUAAGACUUUCUGUGAUAUUUAUUGAAACUCAUUUAGUUUGUAUAUAGUUGAGUGUAUAUAAAUUUUAGUGUAUAUUUUGCUUAUGUUGUGUUUUGUAUCGCAAGUUGUAGUAGGUUUUUUGUUGAAAAUAUACAAUCAGUAUACAGUUUUGAUUACUUCAAAGUUUGAUUACAUUUCAUUGUGUAUGUUUAUACGGAUUUUACCGAUAUUAGUUACAUUUUUAAAGACACAAAAUGUAGUAUCUUGUAUAUUUUUAACAUGGUUAUAUUGCUGCUACAGUGGAACCAUGGAAAAAUGAACUGUUGUGUUCUGAAACUAAAAUAUUGUAAUAAUGUGGGGAAUUCAAUAAAAACCUUUUAAAUAAAUAAGAUAAGAGUUAGUAUUAAUUUUGAGGAACUGUAAAGCUAAUGAAAGGAGCAUUGUUUUUUAAUCAGUGACUUAAACCGUGCACCACUAGCUCAACAUUGCAUUGUCAACCUGGUUUGAGCAGAAAAUUACAGAUUUUGUUAAAACAAUAUGAGGUGAUUUAUAUUGUCAAUGGAUGACACUUACUUCAAAUUCCCAUUCAUAAGUAACACUUAGUUGUUUAUUUUUUAUUUUUAGUAAAUUUUUCCUAAAAUGUUUAUCAGUAGGAUACAGCAAAUUCCAUAGAAAUGAAAGGGUUGCUCCAAUUACGUGGAAUAUUUGAGUUUGGACUUACAAAUUUCCACUGUAUGUAAAAAAUAAUCUAUAGGUUUCUUCUUGUUAAAUGAAAUGAAAACUAAUGAAUAUAUCAUAUGAAUUGCAUUUGAAACGAGUAACAUCCAUGCUCAAUAAAUUAUGUUUUAUUAUGUGUACCCUGUACCACCAUAUCACAAGCCAAAGGUACCAUAAGAUAAACUGAAAUAAAUGUUUUCUUUUUUUAAUAUUUAACUUA